AUGUCCAGUCGCGCCGAGGAAAAGUCGGACGUGCGAAAACGCGUGUGGAAGACGUUGCGCACCGUCGCCCGUCCCGACUCGCGCUUUCAUUUCGACUUUGCCAGCUUCAUCACGGACUUUGAGGGCUCGGACCGGGCGACGGCGAGGCUGGUAGAGUUGUCGAGCUACAAGGACUCGACCGUCGUUUUCAUCACGCCCGACAACUGCCUGGAAGAGCUACGGCUGCGGGCACUGCGAGACGGGAAGACCGUGCUGAUGACGACGUACGGCAUUCGCCGCGGGUUUUGGGAACUGGACCCGGCCAAGAUCGAAGAGAGCCAGUACGCCAACGCGGCCAUGUUGGACGGCAUGGAAAGGCUGGGCCGCCCCCUGAGUCUGGCCGACAUCCUGGCCAAGCGCUGGCACAUCCCGUUCAUGGUGACGGGCACGGGGGCGGUCAACACUCGGGGGGUCAGGUUCGGCAAGGGCCACGGGUUCUUCGACAUCGAGUGGGCCAUUCUGUACACGCUGGGCGUCGUCGACCAGACGACCGUCGCGGCCGCCGUCGUCCACGACUGCCAGGUGCUCGAGGAGGAGCUGCGCCCCGAAGAAUUCGACACCGUGUGCGAGCUCGUCGUCACCCCGACGCGUGUCCUGCGUGUCCCCGACGUGCAAAAGCCCGCCUGCGGCGUCUUGUGGCCGCUCCUCCAGCCCGACAUGCUGGAACGCAUCCCGCCGCUGCAGGAACUCAAGGCAAUGAAUGAGCCUGCAGGGAUCGUGACGGGACAGAACGUGAAGGGAUUUCAGUGA